AUGGAUGAAGUGUUGAUCGGUGAUGGUCAAAAGUUCGUGGUUUCAUUGUUUAACGAAGAACCGUCGCCGUCCAUUAUUCAACCACAAAUCACCACCGAUAUUGAUUUUGUGAAGGUGUUGUCGGUAAAUAUUGUUCCUACUCAGCUCGCCGACAACUUCCGGAAUAAGAAGCCUGAGGGUGAAACAUCACCCACCGACACAAUUUCAAGGUGCCAGCUAAUUGAUCAUAGCACGCAAUGGGAAGAAGAUAAAUUUGAGUUUGGGUUGCCUACUCAACAACACUGUAUGUCAAGAAGCAGUGGAUGCAUAUCAUUAAAAUUUAUUUCUAGUUCUGCUAUAGUAGAUGCAGUUCUUAAACAUUUAUCCUUUCAUAUAAUGGCAGGAAAAUUAUUGGUGCGCGUUGAUUAUGGUUCCAGUCCCACAACUAUUGGUUUAGAGGUUAUUAAUAGGCCCACAACUCUUGUUGUGAAGAGAUUGAUCUUUGAGACAAUGGAGCGCGGCAAAAGUAGCUUGCAAGGAGUUGGAGUUCUUAGCUUGCAAGGAGUUGGAGUUCCUAGCGGAGUUGUAGAUCAAGGAGUGAGUCAAGGAGCAGCUGCUGGUACUGCACUCCCUCCACUUCGAAAAAGGAAACUUAAUGCUAGUGGUAGUAGAAAAACUUCUACGGUUUGGGAAGAGUUUAACAUUUUACCGGAUGAGCCUGAACCUAUAGCCGCGUGUAAACACUGUCAUAAAAGGUACCGAUGUGACCCUAAAACACAUGGUACUUCUAACAUGCUAGCUCACUCGAAAGUGUGUUACAAAAACCCUACCCUUUUGUUGAAAGACCCCAAUCAGACAAACCUUGUAAGCGGCGAGGGUGGGUUUUUAGUUCCAACUAGUCAAAGGUUUAAUGCUGCAGCCUGUAGGAAGGCCAUUAAUACCUUUGUUAUCCUUGAUGAACAUUCCUUUAGAGUGGUUGAGGGUGUUGGUUUUAAGCAAAUGUGUAAACAAUUGCAACCCCAAAUGGCUAUCCCUACUAGGAGGACCGUUGCUAGGGAUUGUUUUCAGCUUUACCUAGCUGAAAAGUCACGUCUUAAAGCCUUUUUUAAAUCUGAUUGUACUAGGGUUGCACUAACCACAGACUGUUGGACUUCGAUACAAAACCUUAGUUAUAUGGCCACCACUGCACACUUCAUUGACACUGCUUGGAAGUACCAAAAAAAAAUUAUUAGUUUCUCUUUAGUUCCAAAUCACAAAGGUGAUACCAUUGGCAUGAAAGUCGAGGACGUUUUGAGGGAAUGGGGGCUUAGGAAAGUGUCUACAAUUACCCUGGAUAACGCAACAGCAAAUGAUGUGGCUGUGAGUUAUUUGGAUAGAAGACUUAAGAGCAAGAAUGCUUUACUGGGUGUAGGUGAUUAUUUGCAUAUGAGGUGUGCUGCCCAUGUCUUGAACUUGGUAGUGAGAGAUGGUGAAAAAGAACAUGAAGGGUCUAUUGAAUCAGUUCGCACUGCUGUUAGGUUUGUAAGGUCUUCUCCACAAAGAGCUAUGAAGUUUAAGGAGUGUGUUGAACUUGCGGGCAUAACUUGUAAAAAAAAACUUUGUCUUGAUGUUUCUACAAGGUGGAAUUCCACUUACCUAAUGUUGGAUGCUGCUGAAAAGUUUGAAGCUGCAUUUGACAAUAUGAUUGAUGAGGAUCCUGGAUACAUCGAAUAUUUUGACCUCCUUACCGGUCCACCCGGUUCUCAGGAUUGGAAAAAAGUUAGGGCUUUUGUGGUUUUCUUACAAACCUUCUAUGAGGCAACCAAAGUGUUUUCAACUUCGCAAGAAGUGUCCUUGCAUUUAGCUUUUCAUAACUUGUCUUCAAUUUUGUGUGAGCUUCAAGAAGCUUCAUUUAACUUGAAUUCUUAUGUGGCUCCAAUGAUUUCACAUAUGAAGGUUAAAUAUGAUAAGUAUUGGGGGGAUGUGGGAAAAGUGAAUCAUUUUCUUUACUAUGGAGUGAUCUUUGAUCCUAGGUUUAAGUUUAACUAUAUUGAGUGGUCUUUUAAUGAUAUGUAUGGGCAUUCUAGUGACCUUGCCAAGAAAAAUAUUGAAUGUGUCAAAACUAGUUUGUUUAAACUAUAUAAUUGGCAUAAAUCUGAUCAUGAUAAGAAUGUUGGGGCUAGUCCUUUAAGUGCACCAGGGAGCACUUCCCUUGGAGAAGCAUCUUCCCAACCAAAAGAACCAUCACCUUUUACAAGGGCUAAUGCUUUUAAGAAACAUCUGAAGGAAAAAGACACAAUUGAAAAUGAAAAUGAACUAGAGAAGUACUUAGUGUAG